AUGGGUUGUGUGACGUCAGAGUUGAUUAUAUCUUUUAGUUGGUCUAGAAAUGGCCAUAAAUUAUUAAGUGCAUCGACAGAUAAUAAUGUUUGUAUAUGGGACAUUUUGUCUGGAGAAUGUGAUCAGAAAUAUAGGUUUCCCUCUCCAAUAUUGAAAGUACAGUUUCAUCCAAGAAAUCUCAAUAAGUUUUUGGUAUGUCCAAUGCGACAUGCUGCUGUCAUGGUUGAUAUUGAAGGAACACAUAGAGUUAUACCACUGGAUGAAGAUAGUGAUUUAAAUAUAGUGGCAUCGUUUGAUCGACGUGGAGAUUAUGUAUAUACAGGAAAUGCACGUGGUAGAGUUUUAGUUCUUGACGCUGAGACAUUAACUGUAAAAGCUUCUUAUAAAAUAACGCAAGGCACUGCUAGCAAUACAGCAGUAAAAAGUAUAGAGUUUGCACGACGAGGCUCUUGUUUUCUAGUUAAUACUGCUGACAGAGUGAUUCGUGUAUAUGAUAGUACUGAAAUAUUAGCAUGUGGCAAAGAUGGUGAACCUGAACCAAUUCAAAAACUGCAAGAUCUUGUAAAUAAAACAAUGUGGAAGAAAUGUUGCUUCUCGGGCGAUGGAGAGUAUGUAUGCGCUGGAUCAGCGAGACAACAUGCGUUGUAUGUGUGGGAGAAAAGCAUUGGAAAUUUGGUGAAAAUUUUACAUGGAACGAAAGGCGAACUUUUACUCGAUGUUGUGUGGCAUCCAGUGAGACCAAUAAUUGCAUCCAUAUCAUCGGGCGUAGUGUCUAUUUGGGCACAAAAUCAGGUAGAGAAUUGGUCUGCGUUUGCACCGGAUUUCAAAGAAUUGGAUGAAAAUGUUGAAUAUGAGGAAAGGGAAAGUGAAUUUGAUUUGAGCGACGAAGAUAAAUCUGUUGUACAAGGGGAAGAGGCUCAGGAUGAAGAAAUAGAAGUUGAUGUUGCGUCAAUUGACAGAGUUGCUGCUUUUUGCAGUUCUGAUGAGGAAACCGAAGAUAUUGGCUCUCUUCAAUUUCUACCUAUAUCUCCGGAUGUAGAAGAUUCGGAGGAUAAUCAAGUGAUACCACACGAACCACCAAUGAAGAAACAUCGUUCACACGAUAUAGAUUUACAAGGAGCACCGAUUGAUGAAACUCAUCCCUUGCUAAGCAAAGGAAAAGAUAAACCAACUACAAAGAAAGGAAGACCAAGAUUAGAACAUAAAAAGGGAAAAUAAUUUAGUAUAUACAUAUAUGAGUGAGAGAGAAAGAGAGAGAGAGAGAAAGAAAA